UGGUAUGAACUCACACAUUAGGAAUGAUAUAGGUGUCAACACAGAAACAACGCAGCUAGGCUAAAUUAAUAUGUUGUAAAGAUGGGAGGGAUCGUUAAAUGUGACAAAACCGUCAUGUAAGGAUGUAAAGUGACAUUCUAUACAGACACAAUCAGACUACAGCAAGCACAGGCUGGGGAUUACUGGAUUCAUAAACACAUUGGAAACCUAUGGAAGGUUAGUCCCAGUAGGAUGACUACACCAUCACCAUCAACUCACUACAAGGAGCAAGCAUCAAGUUGUGAACUGACUGUGAGAAUAAUACAGGCUCAGAACAUCCAUGGAGCAGAUAUUGUGACCAAACCAGAUUGUUAUGUUUGUCUAUGGCUGCCAACAGCAUUGACGGAUAAGAAGAGAACCAAGACAGUUUGGAACAAUAAAAACCCCGCCUGGGAUGAGACCUUUCACUUUAGAAUACACAGCCAGGUUAAGAACAUCCUAGAGUUGUCACUACAUGAUGAGGAUGUAGGGACCGGAGAUGACCACCUUUUUACAGUGAACUAUGAUCUGGGAAAUGUCCCACUUAAUGAAAGGAUAUUGGAAAGUUUCAUGCUAAAUAAAGAGUUUCAGGAGGAACUUCAUGUAGAAUUUAAUCUGGUGACCAUACCAGAAACAAGAAAGAAAGUAACAACCAAUGGAGUGCUGGUGUGCCCCGAGAUGGCUGCCCUGGAGGUGAUGGUAAAAAAAGAGAAGAAAGAGGUCUUUAAAAAGAAAACAGAGCUGGUUCUGACUGUAAGAGGCUCCUAUGAGGAAGAACACAGAAUCUUACUCAAAUCAAACAGCAGCUCUGAGUCCGGUUCACAGGAAAGCGUGGUGUUCCAUUAUCCCCAGGAUUAUGGAACAGAAAUGACAGCCAGUCUGAACAGGGUCUACUCCUCCUUGGAUGUCACCUUUAGUAAUGAAACCGAAAAUGAUGGUUUAAACCAAACUACAAUCCCACUUAGUUUACUCUCUCCUCUGGCAAGUGAAACUAGCAUCCAGCUACCUGCAAUGGAGGUCAAGCCAUUGGAAAUCCAAGUUAAAGUGAAAGAAUGCCCAGAAAAGCUGGAUGUGAGACUAGGCUUUGAUCUGUGUGACAAAGAGAAGACUUUUCUUCACAAACGUCAGCAACUUGUAGCUGAAGCCCUAAAAAAAGUUCUUCAGCUGGAGCAGGAUUUGGUGGGCGAUGAGAUUCCAGUUGUGGCUAUCAUGGCAACCGGUGGAGGAGCCCGAGCAAUGUCCUCUUUGUACAGUCAUCUGAGCGGACUGCAGAAGAUGGGACUGCUGGACUGCAUCACAUAUAUUGCAGGGGCCUCUGGAUCUACAUGGACCAUGAGUAAGCUUUAUGAAGACCCUGAAUGGUCACAAAAGGAGCUUUCAGAUUCAAUAAGCAAUGCAAAGAAGCAUGUGACCAGGAAGAAAAUAGGCGCCUUGUCAAUGCAGAGGCUGAAAUACUAUCGCAAGGAGCUCAAACAAGCUGCCAAGGAUGGGCAGGAAACGUCCUUUACUGACCUCUGGGGGCUGAUGAUUGAAUCAAUGUUCUAUAAUGGGAGAAAUGAAAGCAGGCUUUCUGAUCAACAAUCGGCCCUGGAGAACGGCCAGAACCCCUUACCCAUUUACCUGGCUAUGAAUGUAAAGCACGAUGCAGUCAGCACGCUGGACUUUAAAGAGUGGUGUGAGUUUACCCCAUAUGAAGUUGGGCUUCUGAAAUAUGGUGCCUCCAUUCGCACAGAAGACUUUGGAAGUGAAUUCUAUAUGGGGCGGUUAAUGAAGAAGCACCCGGAACCUCGUAUUUGUUACUUACAAGGUUUGUGGGGAAAUGUCUUCUCCUUGAACUUGGUGGACACGUGGUAUCUCACCACACAGUUGGAUACUUUCUGGGACAACUGGGUGAAAGACAGAGUUAAGGACAUAGAUAAGGAUGACAUCAUACAGAGAAGAGAAUCAGCUCACUUGAAAACCCGUUUGUUCACCCCAUCCGGCUCGGUCAACCAGCUUCUGAAGGGUGUACUGACCAACAGGCCAAUAGAUGGACAGCAGCAAAACUUUCUGCGUGGGCUCCAUCUACAUAAGGAUUAUCAUAAGCACUCACAAUUUACCACAUGGAAAGAUUCCAGUCUAGACAACUUCCCCAACAAGCUCACCCCAAUGGCUGACAACCUGUGUCUUGUAGAUGCUGGUUACUUUAUCAAUGCCAGCUUCCCUCCUUUACUGCAGCCGGAGAGGAAGGUCGAUAUCAUUCUGUCAUUUGACUAUACUCUAGAUACCCCACUUCAGUCCGUGGAACAGACAUGUACUUACUGUACAACGCAGGGUAUCUGUUUCCCCAGAGUAUCACUGAGUGAGGAGGACAGAAAGAAACACAAGGAGUGCUACAUUUUUAAAGAUGAAGAAAUUUCCAACGCUCCCAUAGUGCUUCACUUCCCUCUUGUUAAUGACACUUUCCGAACAUAUAAAGAACCAGGGCUUUUGAGGACUUCAGAAGAAAUGUCAGAUGGGGACGUGGAUGUUACAGGACCCUGGUCCCCAUAUUUUCUCACAAACUUUACUUACAGUGAACGAGACUUUGACCGACUGAUGAAGCUGACACAAUAUAAUCUCCUAAACCACAAAGAUAUAAUCAUAAAAGCUCUCCAUACUGCUGUGGAGAGGAGGAAAAUUAGAAACCUCAAAAGUGAAUUGCGCCAGACCCAAACUAAGCAAAGACAUACACCUGGGCCAUUAGAAGAUCACCUGCAAAUAAAGGACAACUCCAGACAAAAGCCAUCAUACAGUUAAAAGUACGCGAUGUCAAUGACAUCCAUACAUAUGAAUGAAAUAUAUUUUCUUUUUUAACCUUUUUUUCUACUUUUGAGUGUAAGUUUUGGGUGGUAAUAUACAGCCGUGGCCAAAAGUUUUGGGAAUGACACAAAUAUUAUAUUUCACAAAGUCUGCUGCUUCAGUGUUUUUAG